AUGUUUCUCACCUCGCUGAACCUCACCCUUGUCACCGCAGCGAUAGUACUCGCAUCGCCAACUCACGCUCACACGGGCAACACUAACAACAUUGAAUGGUUCACCUGCGAUCCAGCUACGAUCGGCAAUGCGAGCAUCUCGUGCGGUUUCUUCCAAGUCCCACUUGAUUACCAAGACCCCUCCGCAGGCAAAGGACGUAUCGCGUUCGGAAUACUGAAUGCGACCGUCCCCGCGUCGGAGAAGCUGGGAACGGUGUUCUUCAACCCGGGUGGCCCGGCGUUGUCGGGGAUCCUUAGCAUUGCGCUCAACGCCGACCUCCUACAGACGCUCACCGCCGGGCUUUACGACAUCGUCGGCCUCGACACACGGGGCACCGGGAAUCUGACUAUCCCUGGGGACGUGUUCUGCUUCGACAACCCAGAAGAGCAGGACGACUUCUUCGCCGGCACGAUUCAGGACACAGGCAUCGCAUACACGGGACGGUUUACAGACCCCGAGGACGUCUCGGUGCUCCUCGCGCAGGCCCCGCUCAUGCAGCACAAGUACAAGACGCUUGGGCAGCGCUGCCUCGAGCACUCAAGUGGGCACCUCCUCAAGUACGUCGGCUCCGCGGCGACCGCACGGGACGUGGCUGGCCUUGCGGACGCGCUCGACGGUGAGGGCAGCGCGAUCAAUUUUGUUUCGGUCUCGUACGGGACCUUGGUCGCGAUGUGGCUGGCGAACAUGUUUCCCGAACGCGUGGGCCGCUUCGUCCUCGACGGCGUUCUCGACCCCGUCUUCGUCGCCACUCAAAGCCUCUCCCUUCAUUGGUCCCAUCAGCUCGUCGAUGUCGACAGCGCAUACACCGCCUUCCUCACCGGCUGCUCGCUCGCCGGACCCGCCGGCUGCUCGAUCGCACCCCAUGUCAACUCCUCCGCCUCAGACGUCGACAGCGCAGUCAACGCGCUCCUUCAGACCGCGCACGACGCGGAGCGCGCGAACUCGUCAGUACCCGUGACUUCGGGCGACAUCCGCAUGGAGCUAUAUGGGAUGCUGUUCAACCCGACCGAUUGGGCAUCGUUCGCGAACGACGAGUGGCCCCAGUUCGUGGCCGCUGUGGGAGGCGAGACGGGAGCAAACACAUCGACGAGGACGGAAGUGCGCCGAGGUAUGCACGUGCGCCGUGGGCACGGCUCUCAAGAAGAUGCCACUACGCCCUUGAGCGGGACCGCAAUCCAGUGCGGGGACAGCGUCGACGUCCGUGACCCCAGCAUGCGCGCCGUGUUCAACAACCUGAUCGCCGCCGCGCGCAACGUUUCCCGCAUCGCUGGGGCCGCGUGGCCCGCACAGGAGUACAUGUGCGACUUCUGGCCGGUGCGCGCGGUCGAACGAUACGAAGGCCCGUUCAACAAGACGCUCGCGAGCCCGGUUCUGGUGCUUUCGAACGUGUUUGACCCCAUCACCCCACUGGCGGGCGCUCGAGAGAUAAUAACUCUGCUGGGAAGCCAAGCGCGGCUUGUCACUCAGCGAGGCAUUGGGGUAGUCGUCGUUGCACACCACCAACUCGGAGCCCCCUUCGGCAUGUUUAUCGAGACCGUGGUUGGGUACAUUGUCAACGGCACGCUGCCCGCCGACAAUAGCGUAGUGUGUCCAGUCGCCGAGGACUUUGAGCCGUUCGCAGGGGUAAACACGGAAAUGAUCUUUGCGGCCAUGAGUCUGUGA